UUGAUAAGGAAAACACCUUGACAUGGACAUGGUUUCUGGAGCUGCUGAAGCACUCAUUGAAUCUGAAAGAUGGAACCAGUAUUACCUUUAUGUCUGAUAUGCAAAAGGGUCUGUUGGAAACAGUAAGAACUGUCCUUCCUCUCUCAAAUCAUAGGUUUUGUGUGAGGCAUAUUGAAGCCAACUGGAGUAAGAGGAUCAGAAUUUCAGGAGAGAUGAAGAAAUACCUAUGGUGGUCUGCUUGGAGCACUUAUGAGGAGGACUUUAAAGAUCAACUAAAGAAUCUUGGUGAAUUGUCUGUUGAUGCUGCCAAGGAGUUACUUAGGUAUCCACCACAGAAUUGGUGUAGGUCCUACUUUGAUACAUUGUGCAAAAAUCAGAUGGUGGACAAUAAUUUUACAGCGUCCUUCAACUCUUGGAUCUUAGUAGCAAGAGGCAAGCCUAUCCUGAAGAUGCUUGAGGAUAUUAGAAUCAAGGUCAUGAACAGGUUGAGAGAGAAGGAAGAAGAAGCUAGAACAUGGGGAGGUGAGUUUAGUCCUAACUGCAUGAAGUUGUAUGCUGCUUAUUUGAAGGUAGCCAACUUAUGUGCUGUUCAUUUCAAUGGUGAAACUGGCUAUGAGGUUUCUGAGGGUGGUGAUAGACAUACAGUGAACCUAGUGGAGAAAAAAUGCACUUGUAGAUCCUGGCAGUUGACUGGCAUCCCAUGCCCUCAUACCAUCAGGGCACUAAAAUACGAGAGAGAAGAUCCAAUGACUGAAAUUAGUUGGUGGCACAGCAAGGAAGCUUACCUGAUGACAUAUAGGGCCAAGUUGAUGCCUGUUAGAGGUGAAAAGUUCUGGAAAGUAUUACCGGAACAUGCUAUGGACCCUCCUCCACUUGCCAAUAUUGUUGGAAGGCCAAAAGUCAAAAGAAAUAGGAAGAAAGAUGAGGCUAACAAGAGACAAGGAGAUUGGGCUGCAUAA